CUCGGGGCCGCCCCUCCCCCCUCUGUCCUUCCCCCGUGACCGAGGGCGUCGCCAUGGAGACCGCGCCGGCCCCCCCGUCGGGCCUCAUCGAGGUGGAGGUGAAGUUCACCGUGGGGCCGGGGACAGAGGCAGCGCUGGCGGCGCUGGGCGCCGUGGGGCUGCCCCACAUCCCCCCCUUCCGCGACACCUACUUCGACGGCCCCGACGCCCCCCUGGGCCGCGCUGACAUCUGGCUGCGGCACCGCCAGGGCCAGGGCUGGCAGCUCAAGCUGCCCCACGGUGCCCCAUGCCUGCCCCACGGCGCCACCGAGACACGGAAAGACGCUGAAGCCACCCACAGCCCCCCCGAAGCGGCCGGGAGCGACCCCCAGCUGCCCCAUAGCGGCUCUGAGCCCCAUAGCAGCUCUGAGACUCGUAGCGGCCUCAAGCCCCAUAGCAACCAUGAGCCCCAUAGAGGCCCUGAACCCCAUAGAGGCCCUGACUCCCAUAGCAACCAUGAGCCCCAUAGUGGCCCUAGAGGCCCUGAGCCCCAUAGCGGCUCUGAGACCCGUAGAGCUCCUGAGCCCCAUAGUGGCCCCAAGACCCCUAGUGGCUCUGAGCCCCCGCAUAGGCAGCCCUCGGCUCCCCAUAGCGGCCCUGGGCCCCAUAGCAGCUCUGAGACUGGUAGCGGCCCCGAGCCCCAUAGCAACCAUGAGCCACAUAGAGGCCCUGACCCCCAUAGCAACCAUGAGCCCCAUAGAGGCCCCAAGCCCCAUAGCAGCUCUGAGACUCGUAGCAGCCCCGAGCCCCAUAGCGGCCCCGAGACCCAUAGCGGCUCUGAGCCCCACAGCGGCCCCGAGCUUCCCCCCAGCCCCCCCCCACCCCCCAGCGCCACCACGGCCUACCGGGAGGUGUGGGGCGACGCGGCGGUGCUGGGGGAGCUGCGGCGGGUGCUGGGGGCACGGGGGGGGCCGUGGGGCAGCGUGGGGGCGGCCCUGGGCCCCCUGGGGCUGCGCCCCACGGCCUCCUUCGUGACGCGGCGCCGGGGCGCCCUCCUUGGGGGGCUGCGCGUGGUGCUGGACGAGGCCGACUUCGGCUACGGGCUGGGCGAGGUGGAGCAGGAGGUGGCGGCCGGGGGCGCCCCCGAGGUGGCGGCGGCCAGGGGGCGCGUGGAGGGGCUCUGCCGGGCGCUGGGGGCGGAGCCCCGGCGCCGGGUCCCCGGGAAGCUCAGCGUGUUCCUGGCCCGUCACCGGCCCCGUUACUACCGGCUGCUGCGAGAAGCCGGGCGCCUGGAGGGGCUGGAGGAGGGGGAGGGGCUGCAGGAGGCGGGACACGCCCCCACGUGGGACCCCCAAUAAACCCCGCCCACGCCCCGCCCAUGCCUCCGGCC